AGAAUAUUCUGGGUAAUGCUGACGCCUGAAAGGGGCUGCUAGCAUGAAGCAAAGGGGCUUCAUUCAUUGUCUCCUCAGUGUGGUUCUUUUUUAAAACAAAGAUCUGUAAAAACGGUGAGAUGCCACUAACACCGCUCGUUUACUGGGCUCAACGCCAUGAAGACAUUUACCUGCGAGUGGAGCUGACGGACGCUCAGAAUAUUGACGUGCAUGUAAAUGAAAAAGUGCUUCACUUUACAGCUCAGGGUCACGGUGCAAAAGGACAAAAUGAAUACGAAUUCAGCUUGGAGUUUCAUUCACCAGUAAAGCCAGAGGUGAGCUACAAGUCCACUCAGCGGCAGGUGAAUAUUACUGUGCGUAAAGAGCAGCGGGGCUGGUGGGAGAGACUGACGGCACAGGAGCGCAAACCAGUCUUCCUGUCACCUGACUUUGAUCGCUGGUUGGACGAAUCAGACGCUGAGAUGGAGAUCAGGGAAAAGGAGGAGAAAAGGAACAGGCUGAAGGCAUCAAGGCAUAAAGAAGAGGGGUUUGUCAGCCUAUCGACUGGAUUUUUGUUCAUGUACAACCUGGUCCAGUUCCUUGGUUUUUCAUGGAUCUUUGUCAACAUGACUGUUCGGCUCUUUAUCUUCGGCGCAGAUUCUCUCUAUGACACAUUUCACACCAUAUCGGAUGUAAUGUUCUUCUGCCAGAUCCUGGCAGCAGUAGAAGUCUUAAAUGCUGCUUUUGGUGUGGUGCGGACAGCUGUCAUUCCAACUCUCAUACAGGUGGUUGGCAGAAACUUCAUCCUGUUCAUCAUUUUUGGUAGUUUGGAGGAAAUGCAUAACAAGCCCGUGGUGUUCUUUGUUUUCUAUCUGUGGAGCGCCAUAGAGAUUUUUAGGUAUCCGUUUUACAUGCUGGGCUGUUUCAAUACUGAGUGGAAAACUCUGACAUGGUUGCGAUACACAGUCUGGAUUCCACUGUACCCAUUAGGUGUUUUAGCUGAAGCUGUUGCUGUGAUACAAUCCAUCUCUUUCUUUGAUGAGACCAAACUCUUCAGCAUUCCUCUGCCAAAAGCUUUCGGUGCCUCUGUGAGCUUCUCGUACUUCCUGCAUAUUUAUCUCCUCCUCAUGUUUCUGGGGCUUGUAAUCAACUUCCGUCAUCUUCACAAGCAAAGGAAGAAGCGUUUCCGUAUGAAGAAGAGGAAAUCAAAUUGAGGUCCAGCUCCGAUGACACUUCUCUGACACCUCUGCUGCCUGCUUAAUUCUGGAGAAGUCUUUCAAACGAUUCUCAUAUGUCGUGUUCCAGUUAAAUCAUUUACAGCCGCAUGUUUGCUUCGACUAUAAUAAUGAAGUUUAUGGACGAAAACCCCAUGUAUGAUGCAAUAUUACAUGUCAUUGAUAGACUGGUAAUUGAGAUCUCUUUAUCUCUGUUUCCUAAGUAAGGUUCUGUAGAAAGCCAUAAAACUCCAUAUCCUAUUUGACACUUUUUCCCGUUAGUGGAGUUAGUAUUCUCUGCUGUAUGGAUUGAAGCAUGCAAACUGCAGUUGUCAUUUAAAAGCCAGUACUCCGUAUAAAAUAAGAACGCAACAACAGUUUGAACACCUACUGUAUUUGUUAUCAUCCCAGAUUUCUAAAUGUUCCACAAACCUCAGGGGAAAUGAUCCAGGUGAAUGCUAACUAACAGAGCAUUAUGUGUAACACAUGCUU